GGCUUUCGCUUGUUGGUUGCAAGUCGACGCAAACACUGAUACACAGAGAAACAUGAUUCGAAACUCUCGAAGUAGAUCGCUGCGAUUUCUACUAUUAUUCUCUUCGAUUUCUUUGCAUUUCGUUUCAGGUUUUUCCAAUGACUCUGGAAGUUCGAAGAAUGAUGCAAAAACCAAGUCUAAUGUUACUUCCAGUAGUGGAACUGGAUCCAAGGUAGUCAUCAUAUUACUUGGGAUUGUUGCGAUAGGGUUGUUUUCAUUUUAUCUCUUCAAGUUGUGGCAAAAAAAGAAACGAGAAGAACAGUAUGCUCGUCUUUUAAAGUUGUUUGAACAAGAUGAUGAGCUCGAGGUUGAACUUGGCCUAAAGGACUGAAACAAUAUGUAUCAUUGGCAUCAUUGUUCAGGAUGAUAUGCAUUCAUAUUUUUGCGCUUCAGUCUGUCUGUUGCUCAUUUGGCUAGCUGCUGACAGUUUCAUGCUCUGGUGAUAUCAUUUUUGCUAAGACAGCCUUUUUUUGGACAUGUUUGCUAGGUGGACGGAAAUAGGAUGCUUGGAAUACCCUAUCGUAGGAUCAGAUAUUUUUCUAAAGUUGGAGUAUCUUGUAAUGACAUGUUCAAAUGAAAUUGCAUAAAUUUAAAUUUUGUGUCUACUUAGAGUGGAGAAGGAUACAAUUUAAUAGUUGUUUGGAGUUGUUAAUUCAUGUUUGUAAAAUGUAAAGAAUAUGGAUAUGUUGAAUCCAUUUCUGACAUGUUCGUGCUGAAUUAUGUAAUCAGCAUUCAAUCACAAAGAAAAAUAUCAACAAUAC